AUGGCUUUCAGCAGCCAAAGAGCCUCCACUUCUGCUCCUUCAGCUUCUCCAUGGAAAUACCAUGUGUUCUUGAGUUUUAGGGGCAUAGACACUCGCAGACGUUUUGCGGCUCAUCUAUAUCACAGAUUGUGGUUUCGCUCAAUUACAACUUUCAGGGACGACAAUGAACUUGUAAGAGGUACAACUAUUUCACCAAAUCUACUGAGAGCAAUUGAAGAAUCGCGGAUUGCGAUCGUUAUCCUCUCACCAAACUAUGCUUCUUCAUCCUGGUGCCUAGAUGAGGUUUCAAAGAUUGUUGAGUGCAAGGACGUGGACACCAUUCUACCAAUUUUUUAUGAUGUAGAUCCUACUGAUGUCCGAAAACAAAUGGGAACUUUUGCGGAAGCCUUCAACAAACACAAAAAGAACUUUAAAAAAGACAAAGCAAAGCUACAACGCUGGAGAGCUGCUCUUACAAAAGUUAGUAAUAUCUCUGGCUGGAUUUCUAAAGACAGAGAUGAGAGCGAACUUAUCAAUGAAAUUGUGGAAGAAGUGUGUAGCAGAGUGCAUCCUACAAUAUUCACAUUGCCAGGUUCCUCAACAAAGUUGGUGGGAAUUGAUUUUAGACUGAAGAAAAUAGAAUUGCUAUUAGAUCGUGAGGCAAAAGAUGUUCGCUUUAUAGGGAUAUGGGGGGAUGGUGGCACAGGUAAGACAACUACCGCAAGACUUGUUUAUGACAGAAUUUCCCAUCACUUUGAUGUUAGCUGCUUUCUUGCUAGUGUGAGAGAGGUUUGUGCAACACAUGGGCUUGUUCAUUUACAAAAACAACUUCUUUCCCCAAUCUUGAAGCAAAAAGUGAAUGAUGUUUGGAAUGUUCAUAGUGGAUCCGACAUGACCAAGUACUGUUUGUGUAAUAAAAAAGUGCUUCUCGUUAUUGAUGAUGCGGAUCAGUUAAACCAACUGGAAGUAUUGGCCGGAAAGAAAGACUGGUUUGGUUUGGGGAGCAGAAUCAUUAUUACAACCAGAAAGGAAUGUCUCUUGAUUGAACAUCACGUAGAGGAACGAUAUCAGCUCUUGGGAUUACAAGACAGUGAAGAUUUUCAUCCCCCCAGAAGGGAUGAGCCUGAAGGAGAUCUUAACUUGCAACUGCCUAAGAAGCUGCCUAAUUCAAUCGAACAUCGAAAAGAUGAUGAACCCACUAAAGUUCAGUCGAAGAACGAUGAACAAGUUGGCAAAGUUCCCAAUGCUGUUGAAGAAGGUUUGAACAUGGAUUCUCCUCCUAAUUUCAAGGUGUGUGUUGGCUGCAAGCAGAAUAUUAAGGAUAGGAAAUAUUAUAGAAAUGGGAAGGGUACUCAUCAGUGGCAUCCACAUUGUUUUCGCUGUCAUGCUUGCAAUCUUCCAAUUACUGAAUUUUUUAUGCAUGAGAAUCAUCCUUACCACAGACUCUGCCACAGGGAGAGGCAUUUACGAUGUGGUGUUUGUGAAAAUUUAAUCCCAUUAAAUUCAGAUGGUACUGUGGUGUAUAGCCUACAUCCUAUCUCGCUACAAAGAUCCUGUCCCAAACAUGAGGACGACGGAACUCCUAGGUGUUGUGGCUGUGCAAGAAUAAAGCCUAGGAACACCAUAUAUCAUUUACUUAAUGAUGGUCGGCAUCAAUGUCUGGAAUGCCGGGACACGGCCAUUACGGAAGCUGACCAAUGCGAAGCCCUUUUCCUUGAAAUACAAAAAGUGUUUGAUUUGAAAUUUCAAGAGAAAAAAUUUCUAAUACACUUCGUCGAGAAAACAGAAUUCUUAGAAGUGAGUAAACAGUUGGUAAUAGCUAGAUUUACUACCAACAUCAAGAGAUCUAUUUUAUUCGGCUUGAAGCGCCCUGAAGUAACAGCAAUUAAGAUACUGAGUGGUCUUCCUAGGCUGACGACAGGGUUCCUUAUGGCUCAGACUAUGAUGCAAGCAUGGCUAAAGGUUAAAUGUUAUCGAAUUCGAAAUAUGAGCCCACAGGUUAAAACUGAUAUGAGCCACGUGUUGGGCCAUAUGUGGCUGGAAUUUGUGAUGAAUUCUGUGUCAGACUUUGAGAAGAAGCUUGGUAACUUUUAUCAACGCCGAAUUGAGUCAGCUAGUGGAGAAGGGUUCAGCUUAGGUAGAAAAGCAGUACUCAAGCAUGGUCUAAGACAGACCCUUGACCAUAUUGCGAUGACAGGAAGCUUUCCACUUGUAUAG